GGUCUAUCUCUCAUAUGGGAGGGAUUGUUAUGGGCCUGCAGUAAUUGGAGCAAGGCGCAGUUGCGGUGAGCCGGUGACCUUGCCAAGAAUUGGAGAAUCUAAGAAUCUAUGUCUAGCAGGUAAAACUCACCACGUUUUUUUCCAUCAACUGAGUAAAAAUGUAUUUGUUCAGGAAUAUAGCACCUUCCUUUAUUUUUCUAGACGGCAGGGUGAGGCUUUGGUAGUAAAGUGUAGUAAAUUCAUGCCCCUUAUAGCAGUAAUUAGCAUAAAAGGUAGCCUGGGAACAACACUUGUGCGCAACCGCGAGGUGUGGGUCUUUGUUUGUCUUUGUGUAAGGGUCUUUGUGUGGGUAGCCUGCAGUGCAGGCGUUUUCUUUGAGCGCGCAAUUUGCUUACGAAAGCGCCAUGUUGAAACUUCCCGAAGAGAGGAGGAAAUGGGGCGCCCUCCGUAAGGGUUACUAUUUCUACUCUCCCCAAUCUUCCACUGUCAUAAAAUCCAAGAUGGCGGCUACGACAACACAAGUCGAACAAGGUUUCGUCCACCCAAAAUACGCCUGCACUGCAGGCUAUUGUGUUGGUGAGAUUCGAUUUUGUUAAAUCAAACUUCCGCUUUUCUAGGAACCGCUUCGCUUCAAUCGUCUUACUAAUUACCUUCAGCAAUGGCUCAAGGUAAGAGCUUUUUCGAUGACGUUAAAAAGGAGUUGGAAUGUUCCGUGUGCCAGGAGCUGUUCAGUGAAGUCAACGAACCAAAAAUUCUAAAAUGUCUCCACACUUUCUGUAAGAAUUGUCUGGAAGCUUGGUUGAGGAGGCAGCGCGAAGGACAGCUAAGUUGCCCGACAUGUCGUCAAAUCACCGAGUGUUCGAACAGCAACAUUGACAGCCUUCCAUCCAAUCUUUUCUACAAACAGAUGGUGGAGAUUGUAGAGGCUUAUAGUGGUACAGGACAAGAAGCUGAUUCGCCGUAUUGUGGGAACUGUGAGGAGAAAAAGCAUCUGAAGUUUUAUUGCUUUGACUGUAAUACCUUCUUGUGCGAUGAAUGUGCUGGCACCCACAGCAAAUGGAAGUCGUUUAAAGGCCACCAUGUCAAGGAAAUUGGAAAAUUUGAGUCAAGCGAUGUGCAAGAUUACGCCCGAAAAUCCAACGUAUGUAAGAAACACAAGGAUGAGCUAAGAUUUUACUGUGAAAACUGCAACAUUUGCAUUUGUCGUGAUUGCGCCAUACUCGAGCACCGUGACGACAGGAACCACAACAUAGUUUCACUCGAGCGAGGAUUUGAAAACAAAAAAUUAGACAUAACAAGUAAAAUGAAAGACGUUGAAGCAAUUGCAACUCGUUUAAGAGACCAAAAACAAACAUCAGAGAAGAAAAGAGUAAGGAUGCUUGGAAGCAUUGAUGAAGCGACGACUGAAAUUCACCGAGUCGCUGAACAAUGGAUAAGGUUCAUUCGCCAGAAUGAAUCAGCUAUGGCCAAAAAGUUGCUCGAGCACAAAAAUUCUUUUCAAGAAACAUUUUCAGUCCAGAUGUCCAGCUUAGAUGAGAAAAUCGUGGAGAUAGACAACAGCUUGGUAUUUAGCAGCGAUGUUCUCGCUCGAGAAAAUCUACUGGAGAUUUUAAACGUGGAAGAAAUACUGGAUAAAAGGUUUCAGGACCUUUCUUCGGAAUUUCGAGUCAAUUUGAAUUAUCCUUACGUCAAGUACGUUCCAAAUGAUGCAUCAUCGCCAAUGAACGACGUGCUUGGAGAAUUAAUUUUCACUAACUCUUUGCUCACGACAGCAAAUGGCAAGGGACUUACUGAAGGUAUUGUAGACGAAAUAUACACUUUUAAGAUUUAA